UCCCGCCGCUCGCCCAGUGCAGGUGAGGACUGCGUCCAGCUUGGACUACUUAGCAGAGCAGCGCCGCCCUCGGGACCGAGCAGCAUCGUCGCACCCGGCCGCACGAUGAAGUUCCUCACUGCCGCAGUACUUCUCGUCACCGUGGCCACAGCGGCGGUGGCAUCUCCAGGCCGUGGCGGAGGGCGCGGGGGUGGUGGUGGUGGUGGCCGCGGCGGUGGCUCCUCAGCGUGCAAGACAAGCUUUCCUGGCUAUGCCGAACCGUUGAGGGUCUUCACUGAGACAGGGCAGGCCACACAGGAUCUGAAGUGCUACAUGAGCUGUGUUCUGCAAGCCAAAGGAUUGAUGGAAUCCAACGGAACUAUUACAAUGAAAGAUCCAGCCAGCUCCCGUGUUACCGAGGCUUUUAAGACGGCAACCGCUUCGUGCUUCCAGCAAACGCCGACAUCGGACCUCUGCGAGACUGCUUACGUGCACAACAAGUGUCUGUGGGACACUGACACCACGAAGUCCUUCCUCCGGAUCUUCCAGUAAACCCUGCGACGUACCCUGCCCAGUUCAUGAUUUUCAAUAAAUAGUGCAUUCAUCUAG